GGGAAAAAACUGAUAUCCUCCCGCCAAUGGGCCAACGAGUCACUAUCUCCAAAGCUUUUCGACGGCAAUUGCAUUCGUUACAAUACAUUUCCUCGAUUUGAUGCCAAUCAAGCUGAGGAAGUUGGAUGAUAUUUCGACUAUAAGCUGAACGAGUAAAUCGUUGUAGUUAUUCGUUUUGUCUCGAGUAGCUAUAAGAGAUUUUUGGUUAGGAUUAGUCUAGUUUGUCAAAUUUAUCUCAAUAAACCUUCAAUUUCAUGGCUGGUAGGAAAGAGUUGAUUGAUCCUUCCGUUUCAUGAAUAAACUGCUGCAUUUUAUUCAGUUUCUGAUGACAAGUUGUUUAUGUUUUACAAGAAUCAGUGGUAUUUCACAAUUUUCUCUGUUACUGUCAUAGAUUUGAUGCCAAUCAAGCUGAGGAAGUUGGAUGAUAUUUCGACUGGAAGCUGAAUAAAUUGGUACGUUCUCCAUCUUGGUCGAAUCUUCUUGGCGUCUCUAUCUGUUUCCAGCUUUGCUCUCCCUUUGUUUUGUCUCUACCUCUGGUGAUCAACGGAGUUGCUGUUCGUAUUCCAACGAACUGUAGUUUAUUUGAUGUGAAUGGACCCAACAUGGGCUCCGGUAGUGGUAGAUUUUCUCAGGCAAAGUCGUUCUCAGGUCAUGAAUCCGUUUGAUAUGGAUUUUCAAUCUAUGAAGCUUCUAGAAGUGUCGAUGGUAAAUUCAGGUAACGAGGCUCGGCAGUCGGCAGUCGGCAGUUUUCCUGUUUGAGGGGAAGACAACGAAAACGUUAUGGUAGAAUGCAGGCACCAUGGAGAGCUUGAACUUCUGCACUCUUUGCUUGGGCCAGAUUUAGAGACAUUGUGGAUUUAGCUCAAAAUGACCUCGAAUUAAGUAAAUGACAUGAGCUUUCAACCAACAGAAUCAUUUACUUUUUGGAUUGAAGUUUUUAACUUAUCUUUGAUGACCGGAGUUUUUCACCCCAAUGCCAUUCUCAGAAGGAGCUGCGGCUUUUGUAGUGUUUCAACCAAGGGAGGCAGUCUCUCUGGCACACCAUGAUGAUCUUCGUCUUUUAAGUCGGCUCCUCUCAACAAACUCCGUUCCGUUCUCUCUCUCUCUCUCUCCCUCUCUGCCACCGUUCUUCUCUAAUACUCCGUUUCAUUUCUCUCUUCUCUCGCCGUCACAGGAGGAUUGGAUUUGAUCUGUGAGGUGAAGAAGGCAGUCCGUACGGGAUUCGUUGUGGAAUAAUUUAGUAAAAAGGUUUUGGUAGUUACGGCAGUGAGAAUAUCUUGAAUUGGAAUUGGGUGUGUCGUGUGUGGUGAUUUUUUAAUGGCGUCGUCUCUGAUUCUGAAUCCUGUGACGAGUUCUGAACGAUCGCGUGAUUCUUCAAGAAAGAAGAAGAAGAAGAAAGCGACAAGAGAAGAUGAUCGUCAAGAUCAGGAUCAAAUCAAGUGGAAAUCACAAGCUCAACAUCAAGUUUACUCUUCGAAGCUGUUACGCGCCUUGAGUCAGGUCAGGAUCAGUUCUCCCGAGCCAACACCAAACGAAACGCCUCGGCGUGGCCGAGCGGUGCGGGAGGCUUCCGAUACGGUUUUAGCCAUGACGGCGAAAGGAAGAAGUAGGUGGAGCAGAGCAAUCUUAACGAACCGUCUCAAGCUCAAGUUUCGAAAACACAAUAAACAGAAAGCGCGUGUGAUGGGAAACAGCCGUACGAAGAAGCCGAGCGUUAGCGUUUUACGGUUGAGAGGAAAAGGAUUACCAACUGUACAGAGAAAAGUCCGGCUUCUCGGCCGGCUAGUUCCCGGCUGCCGGAAACAACCGCUGCCGGUGAUUCUAGAUGAAGUAACCGAUUAUAUUCCAGCUCUGGAGAUGCAGAUCCGAGUCAUGAGUGCCAUAGUCAACUUGGUUUCAAGCUCCUCUUCAUCUUCUUCUGGUAUCGAUUCUUCUAUCUCUCCAUCUUCUACCUGAUUAAACACACACUUUUUCUGAUCAAUUUCUUCCCAAGAAGAAAUCCAUUUUCUUCCCCCUCUCUGCUUCUCUUCUGCCAGUAAUUUCUUGUCAAAUAUAUAUAUAUAUAUAUAUGAUCUAUAUAUAUUAUAUCGAUUUCUUGUAUUUGCUGCAUGCAAUUACAAUUUUAGUAUGGGAAUCUGGAUAAAAUGUAAAUUCAGAUGAAGUUCAAGAAAAAGAGAUGAGUCUCCGGUGAAAUUGAGGUCUGUUUAUGUUUUAGAUUCCUUACCGAUGAAGAAAGUUUUUUAUUGAUCAAA